AUGAGUUCAUUUUCCAUCACUCGGAAAAAGACUCCUUUCCAAAAGCACAGAGAGGAGGAAGAGGCAAAGAAGAAGAGAGAGGAGGAUGAAACUGCUCGAUUGUAUGCGGAAUUUGUGGAGUCAUUUCAAGGAGAUAAUGCACCUGGGUCCAAGACUUUUGUUCGUGGAGGAACUAUCAACCCCAACGAGAAAUUGAAGAGUGAAUCUGAGGGUGAAAAGGCCAAAGAUGGGGUAUCUGUUCCAAAGAAGGGAAGUAGAUAUGUGCCAUCUUUCAUUCCACCUCCAUUGGCAUCCAAGGGAAAAGAAUCUGACAAGAAGGAGCUGGACAAGCCAAAGGAGAAAGAAAAGGGGAAGUCUAGGAACAUUGAUCAUUUUAUGGAGGAGCUGAAGCAUGAGCAAGAGAUGAGGGAAAGACGAAAUCAGGAUCGCGAACAUUGGCGUGAAGGACGCCUUGGAGAAAACUUAACACCAUCUAGUCGUUUUGACGAACUGCCGGAUGACUUUGAUCCUAGUGGAAAGUUCCCUGGAUCAUUUGAUGAUGGAGAUCCUCAAACAACUAACCUUUAUGUAGGAAAUUUAUCUCCUCAGGUUGAUGAGAAUUUUCUCCUUCGAACUUUUGGAAGAUUUGGACCGAUUGCUAGUGUGAAGAUAAUGUGGCCAAGGACAGAGGAGGAGCGAAGACGGCAAAGAAAUUGUGGAUUUGUAGCUUUCAUGAACAGAGCUGAUGGACAGGCUGCAAAGGAUGAAAUGCAAGGAGUUGUUGUUUAUGGGUAUGAACUGAAAAUCGGAUGGGGAAAGUCUGUCGCUCUUCCAUCCCAAGCAUUACCUGCGCCUCCUCCAGGUCAUAUGGCCAUUAGAAGUAAGGAGGGUGGCACUGUUAUCUUAUCUGGCUCAUCAGGACCGCCAGUUACUUCUGUCCCAAACCAAAAUUCUGAGCUGGUUCUAACACCCAACAUUCCUGAUAUUACUGUCGAACCACCUGAGGAGGAUCAUCUCCGCCAUGUCAUUGACACUAUGGCUCUAUAUGUUCUGGAUGGAGGUUGUGUCUUUGAACAAGCUAUUAUGGAGAGGGGUCGGGGUAAUCCUCUCUUCAACUUCUUGUUUGAGCUUGGUUCAAAAGAACAUACAUACUAUGUUUGGCGGCUCUAUUCAUUUGCUCAGGGGGAUACUCUUCAAAGGUGGAGAACUGAACCUUUUAUCAUGAUAACUGGUAGUGGAAGAUGGGUUCCACCGCCUCUUCCAACUGCUAAAAGCCCAGAGCUUGAGGAGUCUGGUGCCACAUAUGCUGCUGGAAGAACCAGACGCGUGGAGCUUGAAAGAACAUUGACUGAUUCACAAAGGGAUGAGUUUGAGGACAUGCUUCGGGCACUGACACUAGAAAGGAGUCAGAUAAAGGAAGCAAUGGGGUUCGCAUUGGAUAAUGCUGAUGCAGCUGGAGAGAUAGUUGAAGUUCUAACAGAAUCUUUAACGCUUAGAGAAACUCCUAUUCCAACCAAAGUUGCUAGGUUGAUGCUUGUGUCUGAUAUCCUUCAUAACAGUAGUGCUCCCGUUAAGAAUGCAUCUGCAUACCGUACUAAAUUUGAAGCAACAUUACCUGACAUCAUGGAGAGCUUCAAUGAUCUAUAUCGUAGCAUAACAGGGAGAAUUACGGCAGAGGCCCUCAAGGAACGAGUAUUGAAAUUAUUGCAAGUAUGGUCAGAUUGGUUUCUGUUCUCAGAUGCUUAUGUGAAUGGAUUGCGAGCCACGUUCCUUCGCUUAGGAAACUCUGGUGUGACCUCCUUUCAUUCAUUAUGUGGCGAUGCCCCAGAGAUUGAACGGCAGGCCAAUUGUGAAGAGUUAGGAGAUGGGAGCAAAAUCAAUCAAGAUGCUGAAUUGGCAAUGGGCAAAGGAGGAGCUAUGAAGGAGUUAAUGAAUCUUCCCUUCGGAGAAUUGGAAAGAAGGUGUAGGCAUAAUGGGUUGUCUCUUGUUGGUGGUAGAGAAAUGAUGGUUGCACGUUUGCUAAGUCUUGAAGAGGCAGAAAAACAGAGUGGAUAUGAACUUGAUGAAGACUUAAAAUAUAGUAAUUCUCGUACUGUAAGAUAUUCAAGUAGUUCAAAGGAAACUAAGGUUGAACGAAAUCCAGCCGAAAUUUCUGGUUGGAACCAUUUUGGAGACGAUGACGCAAAUUUCCAGAGGAUGGGUUCUGUACCUAUGGCUCAAACUCUUUCAAUUCCACAGCCUGAACUAAAAAGUUUCACCAAGUCUGGGAAAAAUGAUCCCGUUUUGCCGGCCUCUAAAUGGGCUAGGGAGGAUGAUGAAAGUGACAAUGAGCAAAAAGGAGGUCCUAGGGGUCUCGGGUUGAGCUAUUCAUCUUCAGGAAGUGAAAAUGCAGGAGAUGGUCUCAGUAAAUCUGAUGAGAUGGAGAUUACUACGGAAGCAAGUGUCCUUAUGCAGCCUGAUACUGGGUUGAAUGAAGAGCAGAGACAAAAGUUAAGGCGUGUUGAGGUGGCUUUGAUAGAAUAUCGUGAAUCUUUGGAGGAACGAGGCAUCAAAAGUGUAGAGGAAAUAGAGAGGAGAGUUUUGAUUUAUCGAAAACAACUAGAAUCUGAAUAUGGACUGUCAGACUCCAAUGAGGCUGCAUCAAGGAAGAAGAGGAGGGAUAGAGCAGAUGAUAGCCAUGAUUCAUUAAGGAAGCUGCAGCGUAGCCAGAGCCAUAGCGACAGCCCAGUACGAAAGUCAUCCAACCGAGAUAGGGACAGAGAAAAUGACAUUGACAGGGAGCGAGAAAGAUUACGAGACAGGGACCGCGAAAAGAGUGGAAGCAGAGAAAGGGAUGACCACGACCGAGAUAGAGGUAAAGAAAGAGAUAGGGAUAGAAGAAGACGAGCAAAAUGAGAAUUCUUCCCAUCACAUUAUGCUAAGCGUUUAAACGAAAACUGGGGGCCGUCUCUCGCAAUCAAGGGAUGCGAAACUUUUAGCCAGAUCAGUUGUCGAGAUCGUAAUUUUUGUUUCCAGUUCAUGUUUUAAGGAAAAACAGGGUAUGAACGUUGUGGAGAGGGGAAUUUUGCUGGUCAUGUGUAUGGUAAAGAUGUUAAUUGAUAGGCAGUAAUGUUCCCCAUUGAAGCUAAAAUUCCCAUGAUCAUGUUUGUAUUAAAUAUUACGUUUGUAUCAGAACAUUUUCUUUACCAUUCCUUCUAAACCCCUCUCGAACAGAAUCAUUUGAAACGACCAUUCGUC